AUGGCAGAAAGAGAAGCAGAAGUCGUUGUUAAAGUGAGGGGAACAUCUGUGAUAAUAAGACCGGCCAUAAGAACCCCUGCGCAGACCAUGUUCCUGUCCAAUCUUGAUCUUUGUUGGUUACCCAUCAAUAACGUUCAACGCCUUUUCUUCUACACACACCCUCCUUUGAAUGAAUACUCCUCACUAAUACAGGGCAUGAAGAAAAGCCUCUCCUCAGUUUUAGUACACUUUUAUCCUCUGGCUGGUCGGUUGAAGAAAGGAGAAUCUGGCAGAACGGAGAUUGACUGUAACGACGAAGGUGUGGAAUUUAGAGAGGCGUCAAUUAAUAUACCUUUCAAAGAUUUGGAGAAAGAUGGAUUUAAGCGUAAGCCCUUCUUCCCAGAGCUUGUCCACGAGAUCAAUCUCUUUGCAGAAGAAAACCACAGUAGAUCACUUCUGUCAAUACAGGUUACAACAUUUGAAGGAGGUGGUUUGUGCAUUGGAACGACCUUUCAUCACGUUAUAGCAGAUGGAAAUUCGUUUUGGCAUUUCAUGACAUCGUGGGCAGAGUGUAGCAGAGGAAUACCCAUUUCAAAACCUCCUCAGCACGCCAGAACAGUUUUCAAACCAGAUAACCAGAGUCCUUCCGUUUAUUACAAAGCCCACGAGGUAAUAAGCAAUGGAAUUUCAGGGGCCAAGGUUUUUAAGUUUGUGUCAGAAAAUACUGGUGGCGGCAACGUGGAAAAGCCCGCCGAGGCUCUCCAGAAAUGGAUGGAGCCCAAAAGGAAAACGGAAGUCAUAUACUCAACGUUUUUCUUUACAGAAGACACAAUACAAGACUUGAAACAGCGAAGUGGGGCUUCGACUUCUUUUGUUGCUGUGGCAGCACAAUUUUGGAGAUGUGUGAUGAGAGCUCGAGAGGUGCCACAGGAAGAAGCGGUUUAUUUCGGAGUGCUGUGUGAUUGCAGGGGUCGUGUUAAGCCGCCACUGCCUCCAACUUAUUUUGGAAAUUGCUUAUCUCCUGGUUUGGCACAGACAACGGCCAAAAAACUGAUCAAUUCCGACAUCUCCUUUGCUGCGGGUGUUAUCCAGCAAGUCAUCGAUUCCUGCACUUCUGAAGAGCAGAUUAAUUAUCUGAUCGAUUGGAUAGAAUCUCCUGACAGAGAUAUUGUAAAUUUACUUACAGAAGCCGGGUGGGUAUAUGGAGCUAACGCUGUAAGUUCUCCAAGAUUUCCGUUGUACGAGAUCGACUAUGGAUGGGGGAAACCUUCGGAUGUGCAGAUUGCAACAAUGAACGAAAUUGGAAUCAUGUUUUUGUCAUGCGCAAAGGAUGGGGGGAAAAGCAUUCUUGUGUCCACUUGCCUUCCUCAACACCAGAUGGAAGUCUUGCAUCAUCUUCUCUCCGUUUCUGUAGAGUGA